AUGAGUGUCAUUGACAUUCUCACUAGAGUCAAUUCCAUUUGCAAGAAGUAUGACAAAUACGAUGUCGAGAAGCACUGCGAUUCUAAUGUCUCUAGCGACAAUGUGUUUGCCAGACUAUACACCUCCAUCGACACUAACAUUGAGGCAUUGCUUCAGAGGAGAAAAGUCACACACAAGUUUUAUGGGAAAGAAGAAGUGAAAAAGAAAAUUACAAGCAACAUUUCAAAAACUCAUUAUUGGAUCCCUUAUGAUGAAAGUCUCCAUAUAUUAUCGUUCAUUCAACAUUUUCAUUGCUUACAUUGUUCCUCCUAUUUCAUCAACUCCCUCUCCAUGGCUUCACUUUCCAAAAGGCUUGAAGGAAAAGUGGCGAUAAUCACCGGAGGAGCUAGCGGCAUCGGAGCCGCCACCGCCAAACUAUUCCUCCAACACGGUGCCAAAGUGAUCAUUGCAGACGUGCAAGAUGCUUUAGGCCACUCCCUCUGCAAAACCUUCACCACGAACAGUCCCAUUCACUACCUUCACUGCGACGUAACAAGCGACUCGGACGUCAAAAACGUGGUGGAAGUCGCCAUAACCAAAUACGGAAAACUCGACAUAAUGUUCAAUAAUGCCGGCAUCUCGGGAGACUCGAACAGAUCCGUAGUAGAAUCCGAUGAGGAAGAUUUCAAAAGAGUUCUCGAGGUUAAUGUGUACGGAGCUUUCUUGGGCUCCAAGCAUGCGGCGAGGUUCAUGGUUCCAGCGAAGAGAGGGGUGAUUCUCUUCACUUCGAGCAUUGCUUCGCUUCUGGGUGGCGAAACGUCGCAUGCUUACGCCGUUUCAAAGCACGCAGUGGUGGGACUGAUGAAGAACCUGUGCGUUGAACUGGGGCAGCAUGGGAUCAGAGUGAAUUGCGUUUGUCCAGGUGGCAUUCCCACUCCGAUGCUGAACGAGGCGUUGAAGAUGAACAAGAAGGAGACGCAGGAAUUGCUGUGCAAGGUUGCAGUGUUGAAAGGGACGGUUCUUGAAGCUGAAGACAUAGCAAAAGCUGCGUUAUAUUUGUGCAGCGACGAGGCGAAGUUCGUGAGUGGAGUUAACCUUGUUCUGGACGGUGGUUAUAGCACCACCAACAUGUCAUUCAAUUCAGUGCUGAAUGGUCUCAUGGAUAACUGCACCAACAACAUCAACAGCAACAACCAUGCUUAAUCAUGGCUACCAAUAUCCCUUUCUGCGCAUUUCCUGCUUCUACUGAUAUAUGCUGAAAUAAUUAAGCUAUAGUUUAUCUAUUUUCUCACUGCUUUCUGGUUUUUCUACUACAUCGUGAGGAUGGAAAACUCAACACUGUUUCCUCUCUAAUGCAACAAUGUACCACUGGCUAACUAGGCCUUUCCUUAAAUGAAAAUGUGUGUCGUGCUGUUGGCUGUAAAGCUACAUUUUAAAUUUUUUUAA